CUAAAUUUAUAUAUAUAUUAUAAAAAUGUUGUAUUGUAUAAGUUUUCUUACUUUUUACUGUACUUUACAGGCGAUUGCCAACCGGUUGGUCUGCUUGACGUCACAGAUUGCUACUACGGGUUCCCAAUCUCCUUGAGCUUCCCACACUUUAUGAACGGCGAUUUGGGGCUACAACAAAAUAUAACCGGUGUAAAUCCUGAUCCGGAGAAACACUCAUCAGCCUUUGUUAUUCAACCGGAGUCCGGCCUGCCGCUAUCGUUAUCUGUAAAAGUGCAAAUCAACAUGCACUUUAAGGACUUGAGUAAUUUUCCGACCGUCUCCAAGUUUAGUUAUCUGACAACGCCCAUGUUAUGGUUCGAGAUCAUGAUGACAAAUCUUCCUGACUCCCUGGACUCGCGGUUCAACUUCUACCUAAAUAUCUUGCCGAUAGUCAAUCCCUUGGUCUUUUGGAGUGGCAUACUGCUGGGAAUGGGACUCCUAGGGUAUGCAAUUACUAGGGCCACUCUGCAUUUGUCCAACAACGCCUGCCGGGCGGCAAACAUUUCAGAAAGAAAAUAUGGCCGGGAAAAUGUAAAUCAGGUUCCUAGAGGUGGGGCCGCCAAUCAAGUUUACAGCCCUUGUGAGAUGAAGCUGCUAGGUAACCUUCCGGACGCCAAUGUCCACGUUUUAGAACGAUCCGUCCAGGACUUAAAAUUAUGCAAAGUCAAUGCAAAAUCCACUUAUGCCCUGGAUAUGGAGCCAGCUCUGUUAGACGCCUGCGAGAGCAAUAACGUGAAGCACGAUUGCGACAAUAUCACUCCGAGCCGCAAAUCCACCACGUCCAGAUCCUACGAAAAAGUGGAACACUGCCGUGGCGUCGAAGAUAUAUGCGUCGAGCUCUUUGCCAAAAAUCCUUUAGUUGGUAAUUUUAAAAUGGAAAGCUCUGCUCCACAAAAGCAACAGGUGAGUAAAUAUCGAUAUGGGACUGCCUUUGGGCAUUUGAUUAUUAUAACGAAGAUAAAACAAGAAGGAACUCAAUACGCAAACAUUGAUAAACGUAGGAAAUUUUUCUUUAUAGUACUAAGUUGCUGAACGCGCUAAACUUAA